AUGGACUCCUCAAAGAGUAGCGAAGUUGGAAAAGUAGGUUUCGGUCCAGGAAAACAAGACUGGGGACAUGUGACAGUAAGACCAGGUGCUCAUAUGUUCUGGUGGCUGUAUUACGUAAGCCCUCCAAUAAUUAAUACACCAGAAAGUUUCAAUGUCUUUGAGAAACCUUUAAUUAUUUGGCUACAAGGAGGUCCAGGAGUAUCCGGGACUGGUUUUGGAAAUUUUCACGAACUUGGUCCACUUGAUAUUAAUCUUAAACGGAGAAAUCACACAUGGGUAAACGACUACAACGUCUUACUCAUUGAUAAUCCAGUAGGUACCGGGUUUAGUUUUGUUGAAAAUGACUCAUUGAUGGCGGAAAACAACACACAGAUCGCUCAAGAUCUUUUGAUCUGUAUAACAAAAUUUUUGGAAACUAUUCCAGAGUUUGGAAAUGUUUCUACUUACAUCGUAGCCGAAUCUUACGGUGGAAAAAUGGCUGUAGAAUUCGCUCUUCUUUGGUCGCAGGCUCAAAAUAAUGGAAAUAUCCGGAGCAAAUUGAAAGGACUCGCUAUAGGUGAUUCGCCUAUCUCAUUUCGUAAAAUAGUUCGCUCUCUACCUCCGUAUCUCCUGAAUAUGGGUUUAAUAGACAGAAUUGAUCAGCGUGAUAUUAAUAGAUCAGUUAAUAAAAUCGUAGGAUCAAUUAAUAAAGAAAAAUGGGUUGAUGCAUUUGCAAAUUAUAAAAAUAUGUGGAAUACGAUUUAUAAUGUUGUAGAUAAUAUCGAUGUCUACAACAUCUUAAAAAAAACGAAUCCUACUAAUAACAGUUCCAAUAACUAUAAUUUUCCUCAUGUGAAAUCCCCUUCCAAAUCAGUUAAUAUUUCUAGUUUAAUUCAAAAAUUGAUGGAAAAUGACGUCAAGAAAGCUCUUGGUCUCAAUGGCACCUACACUUUGUACUCAAAUCGUGUGUCCGUGAAGUUGAUAAAUGAUUACAUGAAACCUGUUACUGACAUUGUUGAAAGACUAUUGUCGGAAACAGACCUGAAAAUUUUUGUCUAUACUGGCCAGUUUGAUAUGGUAGUUCCAUCACCUAGUACUCUUGCUUGGAUGAGAAAACUCAAAUGGAAUAACGCUAAAGCAUGGCGGCAAGCCUCAAGAGUGUCAUUUUCUGUCAACAAUGUUAUCGAAGGAUUCGUUAAAGAGUAUGGGAAUUUAAAACUGUAUUGGGUCAGUCGAUCAGGACACAUGGUGCCGAGAGACAAUCCAAGUGCUAUGAAAGUAGUGCUACACGAUUUAACUUUUGAUGUAAAUGAAAAAUAA